AUGUCACCACGUCACCGUCACCCAGUGUUAAACACAGCAGAGACGCACACGCAUCAGUGUGGAUGGGUUAGAAAGGCGCUCACAAGGCUCACCCGCAAUGACUCCGAAUUUCAAGACUCAACAGAACGCCUCCAAGGACGUGAAGCCGGCGGGUUCUUCUCUCACUUAUUUUCAUGGCUAUGUUUUUUUGUUUUUUGUAGUUUUCCACUGUUAAGAAAAGCGCAUCAGAGGAGUCUGGUGGAUUUUGGAGAAGAGCAGCCUCCUGCCUCCCGGAAGUCUGACGGAGCCCAGUUCCCGGACUGUGCGGCCGUGGACCCCGGGGAGUGCCCCCCGCGCCCCGAGGGCCACGGUCCCCGCUCCCCGACGUCCCCGCUAAUGCCGCCGAGGCCCGGGCGGGGUGGGGCGGGGCGGCCUGCGCUUGGUUUGGUUGUUAUCGGUUUUUGCUUUUUUGUUUUGUUUUUUCUUGUUCCAGAAAAGCCCCGCCGUGCUACCCUACUCUUCCAAAGUGGGUCCGCUGUCCCAGAGCGGUGCUCGCGGUCGGCAUCCACCGGUCCUCGGGAGCCGGGGAGGGGUCCGCGCCCUCCCGCUCCACUGAUCCCCACUUCCUCCUUCCUCCCCCGCGCCCCUCCUCCACCCCGCUCCCUCCCUUCCCCCUCUCUCCCCCUCCACUCCCCCCGCCUCCUCCCCGCAAGCGCCUGCGGGCUCCGCACCGUCUCCUCCUCCCACCCCGUCCUCCUCUCCCUCCUUCCCCUCCCUCCCCUCCCUCGUCCUGCCUCCUCCCCCCACUUCCUCCCCCCCCAACCCGACCUCCUUUUCUCCAACUUCCUUGCCUCUUCCCCUCCCCUCCUCCUUCCUCUACGUCCUCCCUCCCCAUCUUCUUCCCACCCCUCCUCCCCGGUCUCCACGCCCCCGGCCCCCCAGGGCUGCGGGCGGCUCCCGGGUGUCGGCCGUAGCACACACGCUCGGGCAGAGGGUGUUCCCCAGGCUCCGAAUCUGGAAUUCGGCUGGGCAGAGGGGGCUGGCCCCGCCCGCUGCCCGGGACCGCCCUCGAGCCCUGCCCGUCCGCGCCCGGAAAGCCGGGCUGCUCACUUUCGUGACGAUUCUGCCCUUGACGUUGAGCACGGAUUAAAGGGCGGAAAUAGGAAACACACCUGGUUCUCUCGGGCUCUUCCACAGUUUCUUUUCAGAAGAUUUCAAGACACUGCUAAGGAUGGUUUUUGCUUCAGUUGUUGUUUUUACUUCUACUUAAUAUCUACACGCACAUAA